AUGUCGCGGAACGGGUUAGUGGCCAGUAUCCGGAGGUAUGGGGUCGUCGAGGAGCGGCUGAGGAGCACCCCGAGUCCCUUUGAACAGCUGAGUCUGCAGAUGGACGACAUCUUGGGAGAUGGAGGGAUCCUGAAGGGCGUGGUCCAGCCUGGAGAGGGCCCGCCCAUAUCCCAGAAUGCUUCAGUAUUAAUGCAUUAUUCUGGUUUCCUGGAAUAUUCCGACCGACCUUUUGAAACCAGCACACACUUACAACAUCCGCGGAUGAUGAAAUUAGGGAAAGAUGUGACGCUGGUCGGCCUGGAGAUGGGUCUGCUCACCAUGAGGAAAGGAGAGUUCGCUCGUUUCCUCUUUCAACCCAAGUAUGCGUACGGGGACAUUGGUUGUCCCCCGACCAUUCCUGCUGCAGCCAUGAUUCUAUACGAGGUUCAGAUCGUUGACUUCCUCGACUCGGGACAAGUGGACGAGUUUCUCGCACUGAGUCAGGAGGAGCAGAACGCCGUUCCUCUUCCAAGACUUCUUGAGGUUGUAAACACAGUACAAACCUUUGGCAACCGCUGCUUCAACCAGAGGCGUUACUAUAUCGCCAAGGAUCGCUAUAAAGAGGCCGUGACGCUGCUGGUGAGCAGGGAAUCCCAGACUGAUGCAGAAAAGGAGAAGAUCAACGCAGCCCUGCUUCCUCUCUAUCUGAACCUCUGUGUCACCCAGCUGCGUCUGGAGUGCCCGCACAAGGCGCUGAAGUACGGCAACAAAGUCUUGGAGAUCGACUCAGCCAACACCAAGGCUCUUUACCGCUGUGGAAAGGCGUACCUGGAGCUGGGUGACUAUGAGAGCGCCCAGGGUUGCCUCAUAAGUGCUCAGGCAAAGAAGCCCUUUGACAGUGACAUCAACAACCUCCUGAGGAAAGUGACAAUAUGCUAUAAAGAAAAAUUGGACGAGCAGAAAGACAUGUGCACCAAGAUGUGCAGGGACUUCAGGGGAGAGUCCAAGUGA